AUGGCUUGCCCAAGAGCAGAUACCGCGAACCCGCGACCAAAACGCCGCAAACUCAACAACAGCACUACCGAAGAUCAAUCGGAACGAGACGAUCAAGCCCAUAAUGAAUCCUCAUCCUCCGACGAGCUCGCCGCAACCUCCGAUUACGAACUGGAGAGACGCAGAGCAAGUUGGUCUGCAAAAAAGGCAAUAGCUAAUAGACGACAAUACAAGAAUCAAUCGCAUAGUCCGAAUGGCUCAGAUAGUCCAGACGAACUCGCCAUGGAUACAGAUGGGCCCUGGAAACGCAAGACGCGGGCACAGUCGCCUACCAAGGACGAGUCGGCGGAGUCAGAUCGCCAUGCCGAAAAUCAGGAAGAGACGGAUAUGAAGGAAGAAGAAUCCGGCGACUUUACGCCAGCAAAUGACGAUACAAAUAAUACAGAAUCUAAUGAUGCACACUCCCCUGAACAAUUCGAGCAACCGACGACUGAGCCUGCGCCGCCGCCUCCCCCACCGAAACCAAAUCGUAUCAAUUAUGUUCAAAAGCAUUUAUUAAAAGGCCAUCUUCGUGGCGUUUCCGCCGUGAGGUUUUCUCCAGAUCGAACCAUGAUCGCUAGUGGAGGAGCCGAUGGCACAUUAAAAGUCUGGGAUACAUUAACGGGUAACCUCAUACACUCAUUUGAAGGUCAUCUAGCCGGAAUAUCAACAGUCGCAUGGGCUCCAGAUAACGAAACCAUCGCCACUGGUUCAGACGACAAAACGAUCCGGCUGUGGAAUGCAUUAACCGGGAAAGCUCAUCCGCGAGCGUUUAGCGGCCACCAUAAUUACGUUUAUUCAAUCGCAUUCUCGCCCAAGGGAAAUAUACUUGCAAGUGGAUCCUACGACGAGGCUGUUUUCCUAUGGGACGUCCGAACGGCGAAAGUUAUGCGUUCCUUGCCCGCUCACUCAGACCCCGUCGCUGGCAUCGAUGUAUGCCACGACGGCACGCUCGUUGUGUCUUGUUCGUCCGACGGCCUGAUUCGAAUCUGGGAUACGAUGACGGGACAAUGUCUACGCACUCUCGUGCACGAAGAUAAUCCACCCGUCAUGGCCGUACGCUUUUCGCCUAAUAGUAAAUACGUCCUCGCUUGGACGUUGGACGACUGUAUCCGAUUAUGGGAUUACGUACAAGGUCGAUGCAUAAAGACAUAUCAAGGACACAUCAAUCGCAAGUACAGUUUAUGCGGAAACUUUGGCACAUAUCAAGCCCCCGAUGGACCGGUGCAUGCCUUUGCGGUUAGUGGCAGCGAAGACGGGGCCUUAGUAUGUUGGGACGUCGUUGAGAAGAAUAUUCUACAACGAAUCGAAGGUCAUACGGAUGUUGUUCUGGGAGUUGACACGGCUGAAAUCAAUGGCAAAAGGCUGCUAGCUAGCUGUGGGCUAGACAGGACCGUUCGUGUGUGGGAAGAGGUUGUCGUUGAAGAUGCAGCUGCAGAAGAUGAGAAGUCUGAGUCAUCGCAGAUGAUACCGCAUAAUGGAGAUGAUAAGAUGGAUUUAGCGACGGAUGAGACCAUCGCACCGGCGUCGGAGGAUGUUGCCAUGGACGCUCAAGAGGAGACUCAGGAGACUAGCUGA